AGAACAUCAAUAAUCAAUAAAGCACCAAAGACUCCAAAGAGAAGGAACUGAAAAUAAUCAAAAUUGAAGUCAGGAAUCACCGAAUUCGAUAAAUAAAACAUACAAUGAACUAUCCAGAUAUCACUUCAUCCUGUCGAACAUGUCUGAUGAGUGUUAGUGCAAUGAAAGUAAAUAUAUUUCAGUCUUGUAUAGUCCAAUUGUUAAAGCAAUGUGCAAAUAUAGAACUGGAGCAUGGUGAUGGUCUCCCAGAAAAUAUUUGUGUUGAUUGCUUCAAAAGGAUGAAUGAGGCCAUAACUUUCAGGAACUUGUGUGAAAAGAGUCAUGAAACUCUCAGAAACAAAUUCAAUCAAUUCAGAAAUGAUCCCAAUAAAUCUUACUCUAAUGAACACCCUGAGCCCAAUCAUAUAAAUGAUAGUAAGGAGCACAUAAAACUAGACAUCAAAGAAGAAACUAAGGAAGAAACUGAUGAAAAGAUAGCUGUUCAAGUAUUAGCUAACAGUUUGGAACAGAGCUCAAAUUGUGACAACAAUUAUGAUGAAGACAUUUUUACAGAAGAGAAAUGUUCAAUAUGUGGUUUCAUAUCUGACAGUCAAUCUCUUGAAGAACAUACAAGACUUCUACAUCCAUCUGUAGAAAAUCAUUUUUGUUAUGUGUGUAAUAAAAAUUUCAAGUCUGCUGCUCUCCUAAAGAAACAUAUGGCAUACCAUAGGCAAAAAAAGGACCAAGUGUGCCAGGAAUGUGGAAAAAGUUUUCACUGUAUAAACAAUUUGAAAAUCCAUGAGAGAACCCACACCAAAGAAAAACCUCUUAGUUGUGUAGUUUGUGAGAAAGCAUUUGGUGAUCCUAGAGGAUUGGCCAAUCACAUGAAAACCCAUGUGGGUGAGAAAUCUCAUCAUUGUAAAGUAUGUAAGAAAUCUUUCACACACAUGUUUACACUUAAAAAUCAUGAAAAGACUCAUACCAAAGUACGACCCUUGCUCUGCACAGAUUGUGGAAAAUCAUUCAAGUAUCUUCCCAACCUGAUAAGACACAAUAGAACACAUACUGGAGAGAGGCCAUAUAAUUGUGAUAAUUGUUCCAAAUCUUUCAAAACCAGUUCAGAUUUGGUAGCACAUUCAUUGGUUCAUAACCAUGUGAAAAGAUUUUCAUGCAAAGUUUGUGGAAAGACUACUUCACGCUCAGGAGAUCUUAAUAUCCAUAUGAGAAUGCAUACAGGGGAGAAGCCAUAUUCUUGCAGAGUUUGCAGCCAGAGUUUCAGAGUAUCUUCACAUCUCAGCAGACACAUAAAAUCACACAUGAUUGAUUAAGCAAUAGUGAAUGAACAAUAUAAAAGGUGUAUCUAAAUAACACCAAAAAAUUUAAUGUGGUAAUUAUGUGAUGAAAAAGGUAUACAAUUUGUUGAUGAACCUCUCCCGGGAAAAGUUACACCUCUUGAAAGAUCAACAAAAAAAAAAGGUUUUUCUUUUUUAUUUUCCCUGUAUAUUAAGCUAAGGACAUGAAACUUGGUGAAUAUUAUUUGUCAAUAAAACUACAUAUUUGAAAUCCUUUCAACACUGAAGAAUGUUUAGAAGGAGUUGAAAUAUUCAACCCCUAAGGUAUUUUUUCUUUUCUUUUAAAAAAACGUGGCUGAAAAGCCCAAUUUAUUUACUAACUUUUAUAUUUAGAAGUUUUCUUGUCUUGAAAACCAUGUUUAAGCAUACUUCAGGGUUGAAACCAUUAUAAAAUGUGUAGUUUUACUGACAAAUAAUUAUAAUAUUCACCAAGGUUCCUAUCUUUAGCUCAAUAUACAAGAAAAAAAAAAAAAGAAAAACCUUUUUUUUAUUAGAAGAGUGUAACCUUUCCGAGGAGGGGUUUUCAAAAAUAUUUUAUACCAAACAUCCACUAUAAUUUUUAUCACAGAAUCACCCCUUGAAUCUUUUUGGUGUUAUUUAUGUGUCUGAAUUUCUAUAUCAUUCAUCACAUAUUACCUGUUAUAUUUCUAUGACAAUUUCAUUCUGUAAUACAUUGUGUUUCCAUGACCCU